GUACGAUUUUGAGACAUGAACUGGGACAGUCAGUUGAACUCUAUACUGUCAGUAGCAGACAGCAGCGUUGCUAAGAUGAGGGAGCGACUGACAAGUAAUAAAUACUCAAAUAGAGAAGAUUUGUUUCCAGUGAAAGAAAAACUUGACAAAUCCGAAUUUGAGGUACCUGCCCGAGUUCUUCUUCACAGACAGCUCUCCACUCCCGUCUGUCCAAAUGAUGUACAGUGGACUGACUUGGCUUCUAUCCAAUCACAACUUAAGAUACAGGGCCAGGCAAUAGAGUCUCUCACCAAAAGACUUUAUGACAUGGAGAGAGACAAGCAGUCACAGCAGUGCCUAAUACAAUCGUUACAAGAGGAAGUGCACAGACUUCAUGAGGACCUGAGGGAGAGAGCGGGUAUGUGGCAGGAGCAGAGUCCAGGGGCUGAGCGCAGGAUGGAGCAGUGGAGAAGGGAAGUGGGCCGUGAGCUCAGCAGUCUCCGUGGACACAUUACUAGGACAACAUCACUGGAAGAGAGUUUCAGCUCAAAGCUUCGUAGAGAAGAGCUGGAUCACCUGCGCAAAGAGGUGGAGCAGCUGAAAACCAGGCUAAGACGGCAGGAAGAGGACAUGUUCCUCCAGCAGACAGAAGCAAGAGUGAGCAGGCAGCAGUAUGAGCACAGCUGUAAGACGUUGGAGGAUCUGACAGACAGUUAUAGGAUUCACAGCACAGAUUUGGCAAAGACGGCCUCUCAGUAUUCUCACACACAACAAGAAGUUCAUCAGAUCAGGGCGACCAUUUCAGAGCUGAAAGAUGAGGUCAGAAAUCUUGUACUACGUGACCACGAGCCCAGUCCUUUGUUGUCAGUUCACACAACUGGGAGUCCAGUGCUUCAAGUUCCUCACAUUCAAAACACACCAAAGACUAAGGUUGAUCGACCCCAGGCAGACUCUGACUCAGAGGACUUCAGCCCAACACCAAGUUUAGCUGAAAUUAGCUCGGACGACCUGUCAUGGCUCGAAGAUCACGAGCCAGCUCCACAGCAGAAGCCCCGGGUACGACUGAGCAUCAAGUCCAGGCGUAGUGACUUGGAAGGUUUGGGCUCUGAUUUAGAUGAUGAUUAUAAUGGCAAUGAAGAUGGAGAAGACUUUGUUGAUGAUGAUCCAGAUUUUGCAUCUGACCUGAGUCUUGAUGACCUUUGACCUCUCCAGCAUCUCCCAUUGAGACCACCACACAUCUCAGAGCCGCAGGGAGCAGACGACUGGGGGAGAUGUUAGCAGAGCCAGGCACACUGAUGCUAACCAUAACUGACUGGAUUAGUGGACCAGACUGGAGUUUACUAUGGGUUAUCAAUAGUGUAAAAAGGGCUUAACAAUGUGGUGACGAGUAAUUAAUGUAUUUUUGUAACAAAUCUCAAAUUGUAUUAACUAUUCAUUAUGUGUUCAGAUAGACAAAUAAAACACUAACCACAAGUGAAAUUGUCUGUUGU